ACUUGUACAAGUUCAACCCUCACACGCGCAAGAGCAGCACCACGACAUCUGCAAAUAUGAUAUGUCCGAACCUUGCCAUUUUUCGCUGCGGCGAGCAGCUUGCUGUCAUUCGCGACAGCGCACAACAUUCAAAUGAAGGCCCACCAGCGUGAAUGCUUCCACGAGUCGCUCCACAAGGAAGACAAGAUGACCGUCACCUUCCAGGUCGGCGACCGGGAGUUUGGGGGCAGUGGGAACUUGGAGAUUGACUUUUGGAUUGAAACCCCUUCCCGCAGUUACCAGCUCCACGAACGCGGCGUAUCCUCUGGCGACCACUCAUUCGAGGCGAAAGAAGACGGAAAGUACACAUAUUGCUUCAACAAUGAGCAUUGGGGUGCCAACACAAAGGAGGUCUCGUUCAACGUACACGGCAUUGUCUACGUGCCCGAGUCGGAGGCACCGCAGGAUCCGCUAGAGAAGGAGGUGCGCACCAUGGCAGAACUCGUUGCCCAGGUCAAGGAUGAACAGAGCUACAUCAUCGUCCGCGAAAGAGUACACAGGAAUACUGCCGAAAGCACAAACGCCCGCAUCAAGUGGUGGAGCAUAUUUCAGCUUCUAGUACUCGUUGGACAGGGCUUCUUCCAGGUGUGGUGGCUGAAGCGCUUCUUCGAGGUCAAGCGCGUUGUAUAACCGUUGUUCCUUUGUCUCGUAGCACGCAUAUGAUGCAGAAUGACGUGUCUCUUGCCUCGACCUGCACUGUCUAGCUUUUUCAUUUACUUGUCUGUUUGGCGUUGAAGCGCAUGCUUUCAAGGCGUCGCAAAAAGAUGGAGUAUUGUGGAUACGGCAUCAUGACUCAUCAGAAGAGUAUAGGGUAAGGUUACUUGCAUAUGUAUACUUGUUCAGUUC